ACAACGCCAUCCACUCGCGGAGUCUUGAUCAGCUCCGCGAAUUCCAUUCUGGACGUCAAAAGCCUAAAGACGGGACGACGAAAACGUGUCAGCGCUCAAGAAACGCGAGAGAGGCCGUUUUCUGAAGCACAUAAAGGUCCUCCUUCAUAGACCCUCCAUACUACAGUGGCCCAGAAAUUAUGGCUAUUUUGGAUUAAUGCUUCUCAUCAAACAUCUCUAUAAGAUCUCCUCUGAAAUGUGAAAGAGCCGCCAUCUGACACUCUCCACUAAAGCAUUUUAAUGUAAUGCACUGCUCAGGGAACUUCCUGCAGUGCACAGCACAGCCUACAGCCAGCUUGCAUCUCCCAACACAAAUUAGACUGAAAUCCAGUGCAUUGUAGGUCACUCCUGUAUCCUGGAUUAAUUACUUAAUUAAUCAUGUUUGUUCACAUGCUUACAAUUUCAGAGAAAAUGUCUAAUAACGAAUAAUCCAUAAUAAUGAAUAAUGUCUAAUAAUGAAUAAUCCAUGAAGAUAUUCACAAGAAAAGACCUGUGCCCAUGUACAUGAUUACAGAUAUUAAAUAAGACAGAUUUGUCAUUUUCUCGUGAAUCAACAGGCUGUGAAACUGCAGGGCCAUUCAACAUGUUCAUUAAUAACAGCCUGCUGUAAUUAAGAUAAUGGCAUUCAUGCUUCUUAUGACCUAGCUUCAUGUAAGGUUAUAAGACUACUGGCACCCAGAGGGAGGGAGCUGGUCUUUGUAAUGUAACAGUUGUGGUGUCUUAAUCCUGGUAAUGCCACCCUGAUGGAUACACAGGUGUUGAGGAUUUAUGAGGCUGAGGUAGAGGCUGGGCUGGCCAGUAGAAACAGACAACACAGGAAUGCUGUUGGCUGUUGUACUGGUAAACAAAGCAUGUCUCAUUUUGUAAUCAGAGCUUAAGGGAUAUGUGGUAACUUUUAUCUGUGGAUAAUGCUGAUUUUAUGGCUUGGCAAGAGUUUAAUCUCUCUCUCUCUCUCUCUCUCUCUCUCUCUCGCACACCCCAUUUAGCCAUAUCUGUAUUUGAAAGAAAUAACAGAAACACUGAAACAUUAACCUGAUAACAAAACUCCAUAUGGAUCUGUACUUUAGUUACAUGUAAGUAAGCUGUUCACACCUGCUCCACCACUAAUCAUGAUUCAUUGCAUGUUUCGCUGGCAUACAGAGCCACAUAGUAGGACCACGUCGCCCACACGGUUCCUUAUGCUCUCAAACUCGUAGGGAUUGAAUUAUUCAACUACCAGAUGAUACACUUUUUCAUGGCUUUUCACUUCAGUUAACGAUUAACUGCUAAACCACGGAAUUUCGUUUUGUUCCUUGUUUAGAACGGCUGAUUAACAAUACAUUUUCCGUAUGGUACAAAUAGACUUAUUAAUUGAUGGUACUGUUGCGUUCCUAUACAAGUUAUGAUCAUUUUCAUAAACGCCGAUAACGAGACGAAGUUGUUAGUUACUUGAAAAUAAAGGUAGAUAUGUUAUAACUGCGUAAGACUGAAAACGCCGAGCAAUGCCUUUUUGUUUUGCUCUGUCCAAGGUUGUGUUUUGAAAGUUGUGAACUUAUUUUAUCCCAGGAACCUCUGUGAACGUGUGACUCUACACCAGAAUAUUUAAUUUCUGUGAGUGUAAAGGGUUAACAAAAUACGAGCGGCGUGUUCGCUACCGCAUUACAUCAUUCGCGAGUCCCCAGUUUUUUAAGGUUUAAAGCGAAACACUAGGUGGCAUCGUCAAUGAGUAGACAAGCGUGUCUCCGUUAUGGGACAUCGACCAAGGAAUAGUCUGUCUUGCCAUUUGUGCUGUGCGGCUCAGGGAAAGGUCCGGCGCUCGCUGCGCAUCACAGCAGGGACACUGCCUCACAAACUGCGCAGGUGACAGAUGCAGAGCACCCUUUCAACAGCUUGUUUUUGAGAGCUUAAUCUCUAACCUGAAGUAACAGGCAAACCCAGAUCAGGUGUUCGGGUCGCAGCAGGUUUGGGGUCUUGCGCUGAAAGAGGAUGCUCAGCUUCUGGUGCGUUAUUGGGCACUCUAAGGAUCCGGUGGUCGAUGUUGCAUCACGGUCGCCCCCAAACUAGAUGGCUACCUCAUUAGGGGUACCCUCGCAAAACAGGUGUCAGGGAAGUGACGUCGCGAACCCCGGAAGCCGGAGGUGGGAGCUUCAGAGAGAAAGAUGGCAGCGAAAUCCGAUGGACGGGGGGUCGUCACCGGGUUCGCCCAGCUGCACAACCUGGACGAGGCGGUGGGGACAGGCGAGGACUACCCGAGAGAGGGCAGCUCCCUUCAUAUCUGUCACUGCUGCAACACCUCUUCAUGUUACUGGGGCUGUCGGAGUGCUUGCCUGCAUUACCUCCUGGGGAAGGGGAGAGACGUCAGGCGGCCACCUCGGGAGGAGCGCCUCUGGUUGGACUGCCUUUGGAUCGUCCUGGCUCUGUUAGUCUUCUUCUGGGACGUGGGCACUGAUCUGUGGCUUGCGGUCGACUACUACACUAAGCAGGACUACCUCUGGUUCGGCCUCACGUUGUUUUUUGUGCUGGUUCCAUCGGUGCUGGUCCAAAUCUUGAGCUUCAGGUGGUUCGUGCAGGAUUAUACUGGAGGAGGCUUGGGGUCCGUGGAAGGUCUCAGCAGCCGGAAAGCUACGGUGGGUUUGAGCGCAGGGACCCGCGGCAAGGGAAGGUGCUGUCACAUAUCCGUAUGGAUCUGGCAGACGGUCAUACACAUCCUCCAGAUGGGACAAGUGUGGAGGUAUAUCCGGACCAUGUACCUGGGCAUACAGAGUCGAAGGCAAAAGGAGAACCAGAGACGUUUCUACUGGGCCAUGAUGUACGAAUAUGCAGACGUGAACAUGCUUCGACUCCUCGAGACCUUUCUGGAGAGUGCUCCACAGCUGGUGCUCCAGCUCUGCAUCAUGAUCCACAAGAACCGCGCUGAGACACUGCAGUGCAUGUCUGCCGUUGCCUCCCUCUUAUCUCUCUCUUGGGUGCUGGCCUCCUACCACAAGCUUCUGCGCGACUCUCGCGAUGACCAAAAGAGCAUGAGCUACCGGGGAGCUCUGGUCCAGCUCCUGUGGCGUCUCUUCACCAUCUCAUCACGAGCACUCUCCUUUGCGCUCUUUGCCUCGGUUUUCCAUCUCUACUUUGGCAUUUUUGUAGUGCUGCACUGGUGUGCUAUGGCCUUCUGGGUAAUCCAUGGUGGCACUGACUUUUGCAUGUCAAAGUGGGAGGAGGUGCUAUUCAACAUGGUGGUCGGCGUGGUCUACAUCUUCUGUUGGUUCAACGUGAAGGAGGGCAGGACCCGAUACCGAAUGGUGGCCUAUUACUCGCUGGUGCUGGUGGAGAACACCAUCCUGACUGCCCUGUGGUACACAUACAGAGACCCAGCCACCACCGACUCCUAUGCCGCAUCUGUUCUCUGCGGAGUCUUCCUGUGCUUCGCCUCAGGGGUGGUCUGCAUGGUCCUCUACUAUGGGGUCUUGCACCCCAUGAGGCCCAGGCUGAGGGUCCUGGCCAGCUCCUGCUGUGCUGAGCUCCUCUGGGGCCUUCCCUUGCCUCCUGAGGCUGAGCCUAUGGCCCCUACCCCAGGGCCUCGAGGUUCUCAAGCCACCCCUACCCGGGGCAUGGCUUCAGGGGACUAUGGAGAGCCGGAAGAGGCUGCCACGGAUACCUGCUUGCCUGUGUUCCAAGUGAGGCCCACAGAGCCCACUGAUGCAGCAGGCAGGCCCAUUCGCCCUGAGGGGCCCCUAAUUAAGAUUGACAUGCCUAGAAAGCGCUACCCAGCCUGGGAUGCGCACUUUGUGGACCGGCGCCUGCGGCGGACCAUAAAUAUCCUCCAGUACAUCAGCCCAAAUGCAGUGGGCAUCAGGUACAGGGAUGGGCCACUCCUCUAUGAGCUGCUCCAGUAUGAGUCCUCCCUAUAAAGGCUCUCUCUGCCCUCUC